UUGAUUUUAUUGUUAAAUAUUCAAUUUUUGGUAUCACACGUUGUUGGCUGUAUACGAUAGAGUGGCAAAAGCGAGGUUUGCCUCAUGCCCACAUUUUGGUUUGGCUUAAAGAUAGAAUCCGUCCUGAAGAAAUCGAUCAAAUAAUUUCAGCCAAAAUUCCAGACCCAUUAAUUGAUCAAGAAUUAUUUGAUAUUGUCACCAAACACAUGAUCCAUGGGCCAUGCGGUGCUUUCAACAUGACGUCACCGUGCAUGGAAAAUGGAAAAUGUAAAAAAAACUUCCCAAAGCCGCAUACGAAUGACACGAUCACGGAUAUUGAUGGUUAUCCAAUGUAUCGCCGCAGAAGUACUGAGAAUGGUGGCCACACAUUUACAAUGCGACUGCCGAACUUUCCAAAUCAAUGUUGAGCUUUGCAGUUCUGUUAAAUCAAUUAAGUAUAUUUGUAAAUAUGUAAACAAAGGCAGUGAUUUGGCCAUAUUUGAAGUACAAAACAUAAAUAAAAAUGACGAAAUAGCACGAUACCAAAUGGGCAGAUACAUUAGCAGCAAUGAAGCUAUUUGGCAUAUUCUCAGCUUUCCCAUCCACGAAAGAGAUCCUGCUGUCCAACAUCUGGCUAUACAUCUUGAAAACGGUCAACGUGUAUACUUCACUGAAGAAAAUGUUCUCCAAAGAGCGUUCGAAGCUCCGAAAACGACUCUAACUGAAUUUUUUACAUUGUGUCAAAAACCUGAUGUUUUUGGCCAAUUUGCGAAGACAUUGGUGUAUGGUGAUGUUCCACGUUAUUUCACAUGGAACAAAUCCAGUAAAAAAUGGAAGCCACGGAAACAAGGAAAACCACAUCCUUCCAUUACAGGCAUAUUCAAAGCUAAGACAUUGGGGAGACUUUACACGGUACAUCCAAAGCAACUUGAAUGCUUCUAUUUACGUUUGUUAUUGGUGAAUGUUCCCGGACCAACGUCUUUUGAAUUUUUGCGAACAGUUAAUGGUCGAGUAUUCAAUACAUACCAGGAUGAAUGUCGUGAACUGCAAUUGCUAGAAGACGAUAACCAUUGGGACUUAACGCUUGCCGAUGCUGCGUUGACAUCAACACCGAAUAACAUUCGUCAGUUGUUUGCAAUUAUUUUGACGACAUGUUAUCCCUCGCAAGCACAAACUUUGUGGGAAAAAUAUAAAAAUUGUAUGACAGAAGACAUCUUGCACCGAAUGAGACAAAAAAAUCAAUGCCAAAACAUAGAUUAUACACCAGAGAUUUACAAUGAAGCAUUGGUCUUUAUCGAGGAUUUAUGUGUUCUUAUUUCAAAUUUACCGCUUAAUUAUG